UAUAAAACGCCCCAUGCUGCCAAAGUUGUCUCUCCGUAUUUUGCCAGCCGCGGGAGCAACUCUGGCGUCGACAAUAUGCUGAGGCUCACAAUUGUAGUGUUUGCCUGCCUCGCCUAUGCGUACGUCUACUCGAAACCAACAGUACACCAUAGGGUGAAGAGAUGGGAAGACUUUCCAAACCUCACAUUCACGUUUGAUUGUUCGGAUAAAGCUGUCGGGUUUUAUGCUGACACAGAGCAUCACUGUCAAAUCUUCCACAUGUGUGAUGAGGAUGGGAGGCGAAUUCCUUACAUUUGCGCCAACGAUACAUCGUUCAAUCAACAAUAUCGAGUUUGCGAUUGGGACUAUAAUUUCGAUUGUGCAGACGCUCAAAAUUGGUAUUAUUUGAAUGAGCUCACCUACGUCACUGAUCCUCCAAAACCAAAGAGUCCAGGAAGGCCUUUUGAAGACCAAUAAUAGAGAACUCAUCAACCAAGCUCUUUUUUGUUUCCUUCUCUCGGAAGAAGAGCCACUACUCACUUCAUCAUCACUGAAAUAUUCUUCCUUCAGUUCUCAACUAUCAUCCAUUUUACAUGAAUAAGGAAAUUUCAUGUGAAGAAUUGAACUUGCCGAAGUUGUGCUUGGAACCUUGAACCUGUGUAAUUAUUUGCCACUUUGGUGUUAUUACAAUAUGAAUUCAUAAUUUGCAUAAGAAUCUAGGUACCUAGAAUCUAGGAAUCUAGCUAGAUUCACAUAUAAACACAUUACUUUAGAGUCUUAUUCAGAGAAGAUUCUCAAUACCUCUUUCAGUCAAUCACGCUUUAAGAACCAGUUGGAAUCGAGCAACUCAAAUCAAUCUUAUUGGUUUUUGGGCUACCGAAGUGCAUAUCAAUCAGAGUGCACACGAAUUGUUUUUCAAACUUUUACAUGGUACCGUACAUAAACAAUACAUGCCUACAAGAAUGUAAAUUAAAUUUAGAAAUUAUGUGAAAUAAAUGCCUCGUUUUUGUUAAAUACACUUAUAUCUUAAAACAUUUCACAUUAAUCCUUAAUCUUUGUUUGAAAGAUGAAUUAUCAAAAAUUAUUUUUCAAGUGCUUAUUUAAGUGUUAGGCUACACUCACUAUAAACUACAUUUUCUCUAUAAUAUCAAGGUCAUUCAAAGUUGUCUGAUAUUUCAUUGUCGGGGUUUCAUAAUAUGGUGUGUACUUGAAGUUUUCUCAAACGUAGUAAGUUAACUACUCAUAUUCAUCAUCCUAUAGAGAUAAAUAUUUGUAUCAUAUUUUGUAAGUAGACCAUAAUUUUGUAUUAAAUGUCAAAUAAAAGGUUUAUAGUUUA